AUGGCAGGAGACGAGACAGUUCAAAAGCGCGAUGCUGAAUCUGAUUCUGAGGGCGAGGAGGGCGAAGAUGAAGUGCCGAAGCUGAAUAUCGAUGUGACAAAACUCACGCCGCUAUCGCCUGAAGUAAUCUCAAAACAGGCUACGAUCAACUUGGGAACGAUCGGACAUGUCGCCCACGGAAAGUCGACGGUGGUGAAGGCGAUCUCCGGUGUGCAAACCGUGCGAUUCAAGAACGAAUUGGUGCGGAAUAUCACCAUCAAGCUUGGAUACGCGAACGCGAAGAUCUACAAGUGCGAAAACGAGGCUUGCCCUCGACCUGGAUGCUACCGCUCCUAUCGCUCCGACAAGGAGGACCACCCGCCCUGCGAACGGCCGGGAUGCAAUAGCAGGAUGAAGCUUGUUCGCCAUGUCUCUUUCGUUGACUGCCCCGGACACGACAUUCUCAUGGCUACCAUGUUAAACGGUGCCGCCGUCAUGGACGCUGCGUUACUACUCGUCGCUGCAAACGAGACGUGCCCUCAGCCGCAGACUUCGGAGCAUUUAGCUGCCGUUGAGAUCAUGAAACUCGAGCACCUCAUCAUCCUCCAAAACAAGGUUGACUUGAUCAAGGAGCAGCAAGCACUCGAGCACCAAAAGAGCAUCGCUGCGUUUGUGAAGGGUACUGUUGCCGAAUCAUCGCCGAUUGUGCCAAUCUCUGCCCAGCUCAAGUUCAACAUUGACGCCGUAAAUGAGUACAUUGUCAAGCGCAUUCCAAUCCCCGUCCGUGACUUCACCAGCGACCCACGACUGAUCGUCAUCCGAUCAUUCGACGUCAAUAAGCCGGGUGCGGAGGUCGACGAAUUGAAGGGUGGUGUCGCCGGUGGUUCAAUCUUGACGGGUGUAUUGCAGCUGGGCAUGCAGGUCGAGAUCCGGCCUGGUAUCGUCACGAAGGACGCGGCCGGAAAGAACCGUUGCAAGCCUAUCUUCUCCCGCAUAGUCACUCUUCUCGCCGAGAACAACCAGUUGCAGUUCGCUGUACCCGGUGGCCUUAUCGGUGUCGGCACAAAGAUCGACCCAACACUAUGCCGUGCGGAUCGACUUGUCGGUCAGGUUCUGGGCGCGGUCGGGAAGCUUCCCCAGGUGUACACCGAACUCGAGAUUUCCCUAUUCCUGCUCCGUCGCUUGCUUGGUGUCAAAACGGAGGACAAGAAGCAGACGAAGGUCGCCAAGCUCGCGAAGAACGAACUUCUACUCAUCAACAUUGGCUCGACGAGCACCGGUGGACGUGUACUAUCCGUGAAGGCAGAUCUUGCGAAGAUCCAGCUCACGAGUCCUGCAUGCACAGAGGUUGGCGAGAAGGUUGCUCUGAGUCGACGUAUCGAGAAGCACUGGCGACUCGUCGGUUGGGGAAGUGUACAGCGGGGAACUGUGCUCGAGGUGGAUUCCUAG